AUGCCAGCUAGGUUCUGUGUUUUGUUUCUACUUGCUGCUCUUGGAUUAGUAUUCUGCCUCUUAAGUGCUGUGUGUUUGUGCCAGCAGUUGCGGGAGACUGAGACAUGGAUGCCCAUGAAGACGACCCAAGCCAUGUCUCAUGACGAGCUCGUCUCGUCUGGAGACUCCGCCAACGGCUCCGACUUUGGCUUCCCCGAUGAGGAGCACGACACAUUUGACAACGAGGACGAGACGGACGACGAUGAGGAUUAUGACGACUUCUCUGGCUCUGGAGACGGAGGUUGGUUUUAGCAAAAAGUUCUUCAUUUGCUUUAGCUAGCUGAUAGAAUAUAAUUAAAUGUUAACAGUUUUCUCUUCUCUCUACAGUACCAACUAUAACAAUCAAAAACGACAAUACCAUGAAGUCAAAGGUAAGGUUUCUCGUAAUUAGCUAUCAUGUACCAAACGGGAGCCCACAAAUUGCUAAUGUUUUGUUUCCUCUUUUUCUGGUGUAAUGACUUGUAGGCCUAAUUCUCACUGCUUUUUGUCCCAUAGCCUUAUAUGAACGACAACAAGAUUACAGACCUGAGGCCCAAACCCACAGUUAAUGAGAUCCAAUUGGUCCAGAACAAUGAAGUGUCAGUGCGGGGUUCUCCCAAGCCUGAGGAGCACCCAUCAAACGUACUGAUGGCCCAUGCAGGGGAGGAGAGCAUCUUCAACAAGACUGAGGUCCUAGCAGGUGAGGCAACGGAACUGUUGAAGUUGAGUUUGUUAUUUAACUUUGAAAAAAGGUAUACAAAAUCUAUAAAAACACUUUUUGGGAAGCAUUUGUGGCAGUUCAAUUUCACUUAGUCAGAAAUGUGGCUUCAUUUGCAGCUUGUCAAAUCAAAGUAAUGCAAGAAUGUUCUUUAGUGGGGCUAAUUGUAAUUCCGCUCUGAUUGUAAUUCCGUUUCAGCUCUGAUUGCUGGUGGAGCAGUGGGGCUGCUCUUUGCUGUCCUCCUCAUCCUCCUGCUCGUCAACCGCAUGAAGAAGAAGGACGAAGGCAGCUACGACCUGGGAAAGAAGCCCAUCUACAAAAAGGCUCCCACCACAGAGAUCUACGCAUAA